AUGUUCCGAAACGUUCUUAUGGCAACUCCAGAUUCCCUCCUGUUGUUUGAUGCAGGUGUUGGGCAGGCUCAAGGAGGACGACCUCACCAGGAAGAUCGUUGUACAUUCAUUCUACCGGACCAGUUUCCUGCUCGUACGGAACAUAAACUGGCGCUCUUUGCCGUCUACGAUGGACAUGGCUCCGAAUUGGUAGCAGAACACGCAAGUCGGAAUCUGCAUAAUUUACUCGCGAAGCGUCCGGAGUUCCAAAAGGGCGACUACGAAGCAGCCAUAAAGGCCGCCCUGUCGGACGAGGAUGCCAUCUUGCUCGAGAGGUAUCGAAAUGAAACCCGCGAGCCUGCAGUGUCUGGCUCAACAGUUGCCCUAUGUUUCUUCAACCUAACAAUGGGGGAGUUGGUUGUUGCCAAUUUAGGGGACUCGCAUGCUGUUCUGGCUGAGCGGGAUCCCAAAUAUGAUACUCCGUUUCGUAUCCGACGGCUGACAGUGAGCCACAAACCGGACGUCCCCACAGAGAGAUCCCGGAUCGAAGAGGCCGGCGGUACUGUCAACAGGAGCACCGGGACGGCGCGAGUUGGAUCCCUCAACAUGUCCCGAGCCAUAGGCGACCUUCAAUACAAAAACCCCAUCAACAAUAUGGACGAUAACGCAUCCACCUCUUCCUCUUCGUCCUCUUCAUCUACCUCAUCGUUCUCAUCUGCUUUUUCUAAACUCCGCCGCGCAUCAUCAGCAUCGUCUGCCCCGGAAAACCGCGGCAACUUCCUCUCCAACGAACCCUAUAUGUCGAGAUUCAAACUCUCCCCUGGGAAACGCUACAUACUCGUGAUUGAGUCUGAUGGUAUUAGCGACUAUAUGGAUGACAAUACCUUGAUGCAGUAUGUGACGAAGCUGUCUUCGCGGGGGAAUAGGGCUGGGAAGAUUGCGCAGGAAAUGGCCGCUUCGACUACGAGUCGGAAGGGGAGUGAUAAUGGGUCUUGUAUCGUUAUUUUUCUGGAUGGGCAGAAUGCGUGA